AUGGAACCAGAUCCAUUUAGCAGACGACAAUGGUCGUUGAGGAUCACUGCAAAAGAAAUUUCUCUUGUCAAUAAGAACAAGUCAUCUGCUAUUGUAGAAAUAUUCUCUAAGUACCAAAAAGCAGCUGAAGAAGCAAGUGCAGAUAGGAAGAGAAAUAAUGUGGAGAACUUCCCCCAGAAUUUUAGAAAGGGAACUCUGAGCGUGUUAAAGAAAAAGUGGGAGAAUCCAGAGCUGGGAGUGGAGCCUCAGACAGAAUCUCCCCAGAACAGCAGUGCUGAGGUGAGACCGAAAGUCGACCAACCCAGUGUUCCAGUGGAAAACAGCACUUCCUCAGUAGCUAGAGCUACUCAAACUGAAGAGGCUAAAACGAGAUCUAGAUUUCACUCCCUUUCCGAAGCUAAUAUCCAGGCUCAGUCUUCCAACGAUCAGAUUGAGGAGAUUAAAGUCCAUUCACUAGAGACUGGUAAAAUGGAAAAUUGCCUGAGAGAAUCCAAGCAAGAAAUAGGAAAAUUUGAAGCCAGUGAGAAUUCAGAUGCUGCUGGCAAAAUAGAGAAAUAUAACAUCCCACUCAACAGACUUAAGAUGAUGUUUGAGAAGGGAGAUUCUGCUUCAACAAAGAUUCUUUUGGACAAAAGCAGAAGUACACGUGGAAGAAGGAUGUCUGAAAACUACCCUUCAGAAGACAUGGAAGCUCUCCCUGGUCCAUCAUCUUCAUCUACAUUUAGUUCAGAGAAAAAUGAGAGUAAAAAAAGUGUAGAGAUCCCUCGCCUUUCUGAAACAUCAAUAAAAGAUAGGAUGGCCAAAUACCAGGCAGCUGUAUCUAAGCAUGGCAAUUCCGCGAACUAUAUGAAUGAGCUAAGAAACACCGGUAAUGAAAUCAAAACCCUUAAACUGGACCAGAAAGAGAAUGUUCCUCCAGGUCCUGAAGAUUGUGUCUCCCAUCAGGAGGCAGAGAAGAUUCCAACAACUGAAAACAGCCUGACAUUGUAUUCCAACAUUACUGAAGAUGGACCGGGUACCUCCCAGAGUGUGAGGGAAAGCCAAAAGCCUGUACAUCUCAAGCAGCAAAACCCCGACUCUGGAGCUUCUAGCUCUGCUGAAAAUUCUCCACCUAAAGCAGCAAAGAAAUUCCAGCUGCCUACGAAAGAACCCUGUGUUGUAUGUCAGAAAACUGUGUACCCAAUGGAGCGCCUUUUGGCCAACCAGCAGGUGUUUCACAUCAGCUGUUUCCGUUGUUUCUAUUGCAACAAUAAACUCAGUCUAGGAACAUAUGCAUCCUUACAUGGGAGAAUCUAUUGCAAGCCUCACUUCAAUCAACUUUUUAAAUCUAAAGGCAACUAUGAUGAAGGCUUUGGACAUAAGCCUCAUAAGGAUCUAUGGGCAAGCAGAAAUGAAACUGAAGAGUCUUUGGAGAGACCAACUCAGCCUUCAUGUUCAACUGAGAGUCUCCAGAACCCUGGAGUAGAAGAUGCCCCCAUUGCUAAAGUGGGUGUAUUGACUGCUAGCAUGGAAGCCAAGGCCACAUCUCAGCCAGAAAAGGAAGACAGACCCGCUGAAACAAAGAAGUUGAGGAUUGCUUGGCCACCUCCAGCUGAACUUGGUAGUUCAGUAAGUACUUCAGAGGGAGGGAUCAAAAUGAUAAAGCCUAAGUGGCCUCCCGAGGAUGAGAUGAGCAAGUCAGAUGCUGCAGAUGAUGUGGAUCUGGAUUUGAGAAAGCUAAGAAGAUCGUCUUCCCUGAAAGAAAGAAGUCGCCCGUUCACAGUAGCGGCAUCAUUCCGGGCGACAAGUGUCAGAAGCCCAAGAGCCUCAGCUCUGCCUGUGAGGAGAGACUGCAGUGUACCAGAAGAGAGUGAGAAACUUGAAGGGGGAACAGUGACAGAGAAAAAGCAAAUCAAGAGAGGCAAAGUCAAGGAGAACGGUAGUGUGAAAAGAGCUGACAGAGAGAACAAAGAACCUACAGAAGAGAGAAGGAAGAGCAGGACAAGUCCUGAGACAGAGGAAGGGGAGGAUCACUUUGUAGAGAACGGCCAGAUGGGGGAAGAUUCAUGUGAAGAUGGAAACACAGAACGGCAGGCUCCAAGUUGUUCCAGCGCUGAGGGGAACACACCCAUCAAGGAAAUGGCAACAUCUCAGAAAUCCCAGGAUGUGAGCUUCUGGGAAGAAGAGAUAGAAGAGCUUUCAGUGGAAGAGCAGAUAAAGAGGAAUCGUUACUAUGAGGAGGAGGAGGAAGAAGAUGAUGAAGAUGAAAAGCAGAUUAGCUUUUAACUAGAAAUUUUGCAGAGGUGCUGGGCCUUACAUUGAUAGUAUUAGCAAAUAGCUGCCAUCCAUGAAGGUUUUUUUAAACUACAUAACAAAAGAUGCCUUAGAAAUAGAAGUAAAUUUGGCAUAAAAAUACAGUGGAUGGCAAUUACCAUCCCAAACAGUACCUCUGUUUAAAUUAGGAUUGUUCUGCUUUAAAUAAACCCCAUAUCGCUACCCAAACAAAAAUAAGUGCAAGAGAUCUUUAUUACUUAAAUUCUUUGAUUUUAGGCAAAGAUAAGAUGUAUUAAGAACUUUUGAAGUCUUUUAUAUCAAGGAGAUAAAUUACACUAAGUGAUUCUCUUCAAGAUUUUCUUGUGUUCCCCAAAAAAACAGGGUUGCAGCCAGAUUUCAGUGACACACUGUUACCACUACAAACACUACCAGGAACUAGGGACCAAUUCAGAAGGGACUUAUUGGCCUAACAAUUAUGACUGAAUGCACUUUAGUAUAAAGGGCACAAGUAGUUUAUUUUCUAAUGAAAACAAAUCUAAUUGCUUUGUAUUCAUCCAGGUGAUCAAAAUUUUAAUCUCUUUAAUGAUAAACUCUAAUUUUCUUCUUUAAAUCAGUAUAAAAAAUGUACUGUUUUGCAUCCUCCAAGCCACAUUUUGUAAUGUGUAGGGUGUAACACCAGCAAUAUUUUCAGAGUAUCUUUGGAGGGAACUGAUAUUCAUCCUUAGGCAAAAGUGAUAGGGGUCUAGCUGUCACUCAAAAAGAAUACAGCAUUUGCCCAAGGAGUUUGACAUCUUUGCAAGAAACUGUUCAGUUCCCUCUCUCUUUACUAUUCAUGUUCCCUGUGAUUCACUUAAAGUGACAACAUUUUGAGACUCUUUAAAAAUGUGGACCUCUGUUCACCUAAGACUUCAUUUUUAAUACUUAAUUAGCUCUGAAAUGGAUGCAUUAUGUUAAAGGCAAUAUUCCCAGUGUAAAGCCAGACCAGCUGUUGUCCUUUUUCUUGGAACUGGUUUCUAGAGUUAUUUCUGAACAUUUCAAAUGUGAUUACACUUAUUUUGCAUAAUUUAUAUUCUAGCUUGGGGUGAGGGGGGGAGGGUUUAAACUAUAGGCUCUUUUGUACUGUUAUCUUUAGAAAUUUAGUUCUGAUAAUAUUUUUUAGAGAUGUAAAAUAUUCUGCUUUCUUACCAACAUUGCUCAUAAUGAAACAUUUUUAUCCAAUAAAGCUUUCCAUUUACACUUUAAA